GGAGCACCAAGAGCCAAUAUUAAAAGACCUAAGAGAGGUGAGGUCAACUUCCUUCCCAGUUGUCCUUCUGGAGAAACAAGAGAGUCUCUGGAGAAAAGGAGGGUUGAGAUGAUAGAAGAGUUCCGGAAGACCUCUGCUGAAAGGGACAUUCCACUCAUUCAUCAGCACAUGAUGCGCACUUUUUCCCUGAGACGUGAAGAGAUCAUUACAUCUUCUCUUCCUGUAUCAGAGCUUAAGGACAGAUGGCCAGCUCUCUUUAAUGAGACACAGCUCUACUGUGAAUUUCACCGGAUUACCAAUCUUCAUCUACCACAUGUUUUUUAUGCUGCACUGGAUGAAUAUGCUCCUCGGCUGAUUGGACUUUACAAAAAGAAGAAAACUGGACGGGUUGGUGAAAACAUGGACCAGCUGUUGUUGGAAUAUGAGCAACAGGACAAGAAUGACAUCUGCACAACAAGAACAGCAGCCCUGGCUGGCCUGCCGAUUUACCUCAAGGAGGAUUCUUCAGGCAUUUUCAAAACAUGCAAGGAUGAAAUGGAGUUCCAUGAAGCUGCACUUGCGCUGGUUGCUGAUGUGGGUGAAGAGGACGUGCCUGCUGGAGUUCCUUUCUCACCACGCCAAGUGUUCGUUGUUCUUGAAGAUCAGGUUGUAAUGACUCAUUACAGAUGGACUGAUGCUUUGGUGUGUUUGUUUGGGCUAAUAUAUGCUCUGCAUCUCAGCUAUCCUGUGAAGUGUAGUAGCUUUUUUGAGUUCAUUCAAGUAGUGUUGCUGAAGCUAGACGAUGAGAGAAAGCAACUCAGACCAAAAUUACAGACACUGAAAAAUGAGCUGGUGUAGAUGGGGUUUGUUUUUCACAUGUUCUUGCUUGUUCAUUAAUCUUUGAAUGGCUUCAAGUCAAUAGUUUUAUAUGUCCAUGUUCUCAGCCUUCUAAAACAGCAAUAUGCUGAAAGCUAAUAAAGAAACAUUUCAAAUACUUGACAUUUUUGUGAUACACUUUUAAGGUAAACUGGGAGGCCACAAGUAUCUUUGAAGAUUUUUUUUACAUAUGUUUAUAUUGACUUCAUCUAUUGCAUUCUUACAAUAUUCAUAAACACUUGUCAUUGUUCCUCUAUGAUAUAUUUGUAUUUAGGUUCAUGUCAGCAAGUUUCAAAGUUCAAUAACUGAUGAUCAGUCCAAAUUGACAUUUGUAAUCACUAUGUUUUAUUGUCAAAUGACAUCUUUCCAUUUUGCCAUUGAGGUUUGGCCACAGCAGUUGAGGACACUAAUCUUUAAGCAAACUGUUGUACAAUAACAGCGUUGAAAUUUAAUAUUGUAUUCCUACAGUAUGUGUUAAUAAUGGCUGAUGACAUCCUUGUAGUUAAGCUUUGUUUGCAUUUUCGUUAGGUGCAUGUCAAUAAAUCUGGAUAUUCUUAAUUAAAAUUCAGGUCAUGAUGGUUAAUGGCAACUAAAAAUACUGGAAUUAUUCUCACGGAACAUUUUAUGUACACACAGUGGAAAAAAGCAUUUAGCAAAUUUGAAAAAUGUGCAGUUGUUAUCAUUCUGUUUUUUCUGCAGUUCAAGUUAAUAAAACUGAAUGGAGAAAGUCCGAGUUUGUUGUUGUGUUAAUACUACUAAUACGGUUUGGUGCAAUCGGUUUCCCCAGUUGAAUUGAGUAACUUUAGUUAUUCAACUAAGAACCAUUCAAGUUAAUUUAACUCAGUCGGAUUAUGAAAGAGGAAUUUAUUUUAAAUAAGUUAAAAUAUAUACGGCAUUUUAGUG